AUGGUCGACUAUUAUAGGUUCAACGAGCAGCUUCGUCUUGCAGAACGCCAUGUGCAGUUUAAUCAUGAUGCUCUAGCUACCGUCAUAUGCCAAUCUACCGGUCGACCGGAAUCUGAUCUUAUCUCGAUAACGAAACUCGCAGAAGGUGGCUUUAACCGUGUACUUCAAGCUACGUUCAAAGACGGCUAUACGGUUCUUGCCAGGAUUCCUUACCACUCGAUGGUACCAAAGCGCUUUGCCGUUGCCAGUGAAGCUGCUACCCUUGGCCUACUACACUCGCGUGGUUUACCAGUUCCAAGGGUUCUUGGCUAUUCUGCAAGCAAUUCAAACUCCGUUGGCGCUGAAUAUCUACUUUUAGAAAAAAUCAACGGUAGCCCUCUCGGAGACCGGUGGUUUACCAUUGGUAAUAAGACUCGCGCCGAAAUUAUGAAGCAGAUUGUCGCGGUCGAGACGCGGUUCAUGUCUAUUACAUUCCCCGCAAGCGGCAGCUUAUACUACCGUAAAGAUCUCACAUCAUCGGAACCCAAUGUGCUAUUACCCGAACAGACCACUGCCGAUGAUAUAGCCGUUGGCCCUAUUGCGCAGUAUGAAUGGUGGUAUAAGGAACGAGAAUCGUUAGACGUCGAUCGUGGCCCAUGGGAAACGUUUUCAAAGUGCUUUGAAGCUCCAGCAAAACGUGAGAUUCGAUUCUGUAAAGACUUUGGAAAGCCUCGCCUCCAUGUCGAGCGGUACCUGCGCGAAUUGCACAAAUUAAAAGAAAUGACGCCGACUGCCCACGUCCAAGUAUUGUCGCAAUACCUGCAACUUGCUCCUUACUUAGAAAUACCAGCAGAACACCCUUUCGCUCGGCCGGUCCUCCGACACCCAGAUUUUUCACCUAACAACAUCUUGGUUAAUUCGGAAAACGAAAUAGUAGGAGUCAUUGAUUGGCAACAUGCAGCCGUUUUACCUCUCGGUUUAUGCGCAAACAUACCAUCUUACUUCCAGAACUGGGGUGACCCCGUGUCAGAAAGACUUGCAACACCUAUGGUUAAACGGCCUGAGAAUUUCGAUACACUGAGCGAGGCUGAACAGGAAUCUAUAAAGGAAACUAUGCGGAAACAGAUAGCCCACUUUUACUAUGCUGCUUUGACGAUGAAGCAACUACCUGACCAUUUUGACGCGUUGAGAAAUUAUAACUCAAUGCUUCGAGCAAAGCUUUUCACCUUAGCUGGGGCUCCCUGGGAAGGGGAUACAUUAUCCCUCAAACACGCAAUGAUUGAAGCAUACGAGAAAUGGCCAAUGCCUCUUGAAAAGUCAUCAUACCCAAACGUGGUUAACUGCCCUGUCCAAUUUACUCGGGAAGAAAUUCUCAAACAAAUGCGUGACAGACUUUGCGCAGGAACAAGAAAAGCUACAAGAGUUUACGGAAAUGAAGGCUUGCGCGAAUGUCGACUCAGUGGGGUGGGUUCCCGAUGA